AUGCCUGAUCGCUUCGGCGCCGUGAUAUCCAAAGAGCUCUCCAUCAACAACGCGCUGGCCCCAUACCAACCUGAGCCUGCGCCCAUGCGGGAGCUAAUGCCGGCGAACCCUACCAGUACAGAAUCUAAGGCAAAUGAUUCUACCGGGCCUGAUCCUCGCAGUAUCGAAAACAAUUUGUCGCACGAACAAAGCCCUGUACAAGACCACCUCGUUACCAUCGACAGUAACGCGCAUAGGGUAGCAUCAAAAGCCCCUAGUCUUCCUGUCCCUACAGACCUGGACCGCUUGUCCUUCGCAGCAACCCUCAACCUUAAAAGUAGGGAGUCUGGCAGCGUGAGGUUAUCUGGACAUCGUCGGUCAUUGACGGUGUCUUCCCCGGAACUGCUGAAUAAACGGGAAAAGCAUACUCGCGGUAGCUACAAAAGCACUCGGAUAGCUCAGGUGGCAGCUGAUGGUGGAAAGACUUCAAGAAGUUCACUAGGACUGUCAUCGACUAACUUACAAGCCAAUUCAUUGAGGGCUGCACCGAACAGAACUUCCACGGACCGUUAUCUUCAGAGACAGUAUAAGAGCUACGUUUCAUCACCCCUUACAGUGGCCUCAACUGUGGACAGCAGAUCCAAUCUGUCUUCAAAUGCUAAGGAGACUUCAAACACAACAACUUUCCAAGCUCCUAUCGAAGAUAAAUCAAACCCCAUGGAUUCUAUCAAGGCUAUAGAUCUCAAGUAUAAGCGGGCACAUCCACAUGUUACAAGGCGUCUAUCCGGGAGAUACGAGGAUAAAGGCGAAGGAGACCUUGCACAGCCUCACAGUAUCGUUGGGAACCCGCAGGAGCGCUCUGUUGUUGGCUACACGUGGGCUAGUCACCAUCUCCAAACACCUUUGAGCAAGCGCAUUCUUACAAACCAAGAUGAAGCCCAUGCAGUGACAUGCCGAGAGCCUGGAGCCGAGAAGUCGGAUUCUCGGACUCACAACACAAAUGGCAGCCUAACUGAUUUAGACGUCUACCAGGCGAAGCAUGCAGGUCGGGACGGACACCUAGAAUCUCAAGGUACUCCGCCGCGUUAUAGAACUCAAGCUUGUCAAAAUCUAGCCCAGAGCUUUCAGGGUGCUCCUAGGAUGCAGAGACCUGAAGCCUGUCAUAUGCCUUAUGAGAGCAAGCUUACGCAACGGAGAGGUUCUAUUUCGUCAAAAUCCGCAUCUUCUGAAGAGCCACGAUCAGAAGAUUACAACACUGCAGACGAAGCCUGCUCAUCUAUUUCGCUUCCUCGACAGGAUGGCAUUGCCCCAGCCAGCUUUCCUCACACUGAUGACACUGUACCAAGUACAUUGGAUAAUAAUGACAACGAUGUGUCGCUCAGUGUGGGAGCUUCAACCUCCGAUUUAUGCAACACGCCGGAAGGGCGAAUGAACGGACGCAUUGAGCAAUUGAGGAAUGUACAGACAGUCGGCCCGUUUAAAAUGCUCUUUGUCAUCUGCUGUCACUGCGGCCAUUGGCACGAUCUGCCAUCGAAAAUGCAUGCGAAACUCACUUCGCCGAGCACAUCUUCAGUCGCCAAAGAGCAUAAGCUCUCCACUGACAAGGUGUGUCGAUCCAUCAAGUACCAAGUCUCCUGCCUCUGCCGCAAGGUCUCAAUCUCCGACUACGGUGCAGUGCUGCUGGUGUAA